GGUUCGACUGUACACAUGUAGUAUGGGUAAUUCAGAUUGUGUGAGUCGUGACCUUGUCAUUUGCAAUAUCAGUGUCAGGUUUCCCUCUGUUCACUGACCCAUAUUGAGUGUACGAACCAGACAUGUUUCAUUAACAUUGUUAUUUAUUCAUAUUUGGUUUUUUCAAACCAAACGCAGUGAUGCAUGUGCAUCGUCAACCCUUCAAAAUUUUCCACUGUCGUCCUAUGCAAGCCGUAACUAAGUAGGGACGAGUACAACGAUGUCGGAUGAGAAAGAAAAAAUCGACAACAAUGGCGAAUACGCUUUGCUACCCACAGAAGAGUCUGACGAGGAAAAUACUGACAAGAAACUAGUAACUAUAACUGAAUAUCGCGACCACGAACAUGCGACGACCGAUUUCGAAACCUUGCUGCAUAUUGUGAAGGCAACGAUUGGAACUGGAGUUCUUAACCUUCCCUCAGCUUUCAGAAAUGCUGGAGUUGUGGUUGGUCCAAUUGGUUUGCUUUUUGUUGCAGUAAUUAUUGUUCAUUGCGAACAUCUCUUAGUCAUCAGUUCACGAACAUGGUGUAAAGUGAAGGGGAAGUCAAGCAUGGAUUUUGCUGAUGUGGGUGCAGAAUGUAUUAUGACGCGGUAUCCAAACAAAGGAUGGCUAGGAAGGUUGAUCGUAAAUGUAUGCUUGAUGUUAGCUCAACUUGGAAUUUGUUGCGCUUACAUGAUAUUUGUUUGUCGAAAUUUGCAGCAGAUUUUUGCCAACAACACAGAUUUCGCUGUGGAUACAAGACUUUGGUUACUGAUACUGCUACCAGUCUUUGUUUUAAUUUCCUUUAUAAAGAAUCUUGACAGCCUUGCUUGGUUAUCUUUCAUAUCAAAUAUCUUCAUGAUCGCUGGCCUUGUUUGCAUAUUUAUUUAUGUAUUUCAAACUCUUCACAAUCCUCUUCACUUACCUGCAGUGGCUCCUGUGCAAAAUUUGCCAUUGUUCUUUGCUUCUUCAAUUUUUACGUAUGAAUCUAUUGGUUUGAUUCUUCCUCUUGAGAACGAAAUACGGAAUGUAAAACGAUUUCCAUCUCUCUUAAAUCUUGGUAUGGUCUUUGUGACGGUUGUUUACAUUUCAAUAGGCUUUUUUGGAUAUUUGUCUUGCACUGAUAAUUGCUUGGGCAGUAUCACGCUUAACCUUGGGGAAACAGCAUAUUCUGACACAGUAAGAUCAAUGAUGACUGCCUCAAUAAUCCUGGCCUUUUUCAUACAAGCGUACGUUCCAUUCUCACUCGUCGAAUCAUGGGUAUUGGCAAAAACAGGUAGCGAACAUGAUUUGGCAAAAAGGUACAUGGCAAGAGCUUCUGUUGUCAUUUUUACAGCUGUUUUAGCAGGAACUGUCCCAGAUUUGGAGUAUAUUAUCGCGUUGUUUGGUGCAACGACAAGUACGACAUUAUCCAUAACACUUCCUGCCAUAUUGCAUACAAUAUCUCUUGCUCCUAAUCUAUCCAAAUUUACUAUAACAAAGAAUAUUGCCAUUGUUUUAUUCGGAAUGGCCACAAACAUAUUGGGAGUGGCAGUAUUAGUCCAGAAAAUAACGAAUUUAUAUGAAAGACCAAAGUUAUAGGCUGGAAAAGUAUAACUGCAUGUGUAAAUAUAUUUAUUUAAUCUCCGUGAGGAUCACAUUAAUUUUAAUAUAUAGGAAUAGUCAUGGAUUAUAGUAGCGAGAAAAUGAUAGGUAACCCUGUUGUCUUGUUCUCUGAUCAACUUCGAUUCAGAGGACAUCUCAUGUAAUGAAGUUACAAAACAUAAAACAAUGAAUUGCUUAUAUUCAUUUCUGGCUUUUAUGAUCUAUGUAAUACAACGAGAGGAAGUCAUUUAUUGAAUUAUAUUACUGUAACGACUAGACGUUUAUUUACUGUCAAAAUAUUUCAUUACCAGAGGGUGAUGCUUGCACAUUGCCAGACUGCACUGAAUGGGUAAAUUUGAAUUAGCAAUACACGGAAGUGCAAAACUUGGUGCAGUGAUAAAUCUGGAUGGAAAGAGCAAACUGCUGGAAAGAGUUUGCAUGAAGAAUUUCUUAAUGUCUUUACGAAAUAAAGUGAAAAGUUUCUUUAUAAUGCUGAUGUACGUUGAUUUCCCCUCCUAUGUUCGGGGAUUUCUCUGGGCAUUUCGGUUUUCUUCCUGCGAUAUUAACCCUAAUGCAGAAUAGUACCUAUAUAACAACGGGCUUACAUGCAGCAAUUGCCACGUCCUGUUGCAGACUCAUCUCCAUUAAGGCAGAGGUGAAUAAAAAGUAAUUUAACGAAAAUAUAUAGUAUAUACAUAGAUUCCGUUGAAAUAUUCCACCCACACGCCUCUCUAUUGCAAUUUUGUACUACUUUGCUACUUCAGCUACAAGUCAAUGGUCGUGAAUACUUCAUGCUGAUGGCAAUGUAAAGCUAAUGCAUGGAAUCUUAAUCCAUCACCUGCGUCUAUAUAUAUGGAAUUUUUUUUAUACCAAACGCGCAAAAGAUGGCUUUUGAGAACAUGCACGAGACCUGGGAAGCUCAAUUUCUUCACUCUGAAGUCUAAAGGAACAAACGUCAUGCCAUUCGCAAGCCUUGAGGAAAGCGUGGGAGUACGGUAACUUGAAGUAAGAAAUUUUUUUCCUGAGGCCACUUUGAGGAGAUCUUGCCCAAGAAAUGUUCCA